CUCCCAAAUGCUCACUUUCUUGCUUUCCUUCUUUGGAGAAAAAAUUGUUUCUUCUUCGAUUUUGACUAGACGAUUAAAAAUCUCAAAGACGCACUUCUCGAAUUCGAGGUGAUCAUCGUCGUCGUGAACCUUUCUCCGUCUUCUUCAAUGGCGAUCUAUCAUUCUCCUCCUGCUUCUCCGAAAUCGGAUCCUCCUCCUCCCGCGGAAGAGAUGAAGAAGACGAAUCAGGAAUCGCAACUGAAGAAGAAGAACGAAACUCCGAGGCAAGUCUUUUACAAGACGAAGGAGAUUGUGUAUCGUGGACGAUCGAAGCGUAUCAUUCUCCAAGACAAGAACGGACCAUGUCCUCUCAUUUCCAUUUGUAAUGUUCUUAUCUUGAGAGAAGAAAUGAAUCUAGGUCUUGGCAUUGUUGAUGUAUCUCAAGAUGAUUUGCUGAAUCAUGUGGCCGACGUACUCUGUGAAAGAAAUGAUUAUGAGUGUAUUGAUGUUGAGCUCCUCAGACGCCUUGCUGAUGGAAUAAAUGUCGAUAUUAAUUUCGAGAGCAUUAAGGGUUUUGUGGUUACACCUGAGCUUGCUUUAUUUGCAACACUUGGUAUUCCUUUGUAUCAUGGAUGGAUAGUUGAUCCUCAGGAUUCGGAAAUCGCUACUGCAAUUGGAGGCAGAACUUAUGAUGCUUUGAUGACUGAGCUUACUGCCUUGGAUACACAAACUGUUAAGGCUCCAAGCUGUAAAAGUAGUGAGGAAUGCUCUGUUGAUUUUCCUGUGUCGGUUACUGCGUCUGCAGAGCAUGGUAGAUUGGGAAAGGGAGAUAUUGAAGAAGAAGAAGCCUUGUUAAGAGCCUUGACAUUAUCUGAAAAGGAAGCGCCUGGUUUUGAUACUCACAGAGACUCAAAUGAAGCAGAGGAGGCUGUGUCUAAAUCCUCAGAUGUAAAUGGGCUCACGCAAAAAGAGGGUGAAGUGAUCAAAACAUUCUUGAAAGAUAAUGCCAGUCAGUUAACAUGGGAUGGGCUCUUUAACUUGGAAGAUGAGCUUAACGAAGAUGAACUUUGUGUCUUGUACCGCAACGAUCACUUCUCUACCAUGAUAAAGCAUGGUGAAAAACUCUUUACUUUGGUUUCUGAUCAAGGCUAUCUGAUGGAGCAAGACUUGGUUUGGGAGAGAUUAAGUCAGAUCAAUGGCGACUCUGUCUUCAUGACUGGUAACUUCUAUGUCUUCAACCGUGACAGUUGCACAAGCCGAAAAUGGGAUCAACAUCACGCAAUUACUAAAACUGAGAAUGUUAUCCCCGGAAUCAACAGUGAAGACAGUGAUGAUGAUGAUCUGGAUCUUCAAGUGGCGAAGGAGUUGCAACGUCAAAUUUGGGCUGGAGAGACUGGAUCAGAGGUACCAGUAACAACCCUCAAGCACAUAUCUUCUUCAUUACAAAGAUUGAAAGAAUUCCUAAUAUGGCAAAUGGAGAAUCCUGUAAUAUAACUCAUGAAGCAUUGUCCCCUUACCACUUCUGCGUAUGUCUUUCUUUAUCUUACUACAGCUUUUUUUUAUUUUAUUGGCUUUACAUAAAUGUUUUAAGAGUAACCAGCAAUCAGAGCUUUUUGAAUUUGAUGGUUUGUUUCUCUUUUGUAAUUUAUUUUGGUCAUAUGUUAGUAUGUUAGUCUUACAGAUGUAAAUUAUUCAAUUAAAAUAGAAUCGGUUUAUAUAUGUUUGAGAAUACUUUUUUACA